CUCUGGACGGCUUGGCCACGCCUCGAUGGAACCAGGAGGCUGCGCGGGACACCACGGCGGCGGUGGUCGCGGCGCACGGGGCGGGCUUCCAGCAAGCGCUUCACGAUGGCGACCUUGAAGCGGCAUGGUCGAGCCUCAGCCUGGCCAUGCGCACAUGGCUCGCCUGCGCCUGCCUGCGACUCCAGCGCGGCCGCACGCAGAUGCCGCAAGACGUGCCGAGCGGCCGCCCGCAGCCGGCGGGAAUGGGGAGGCGAGUGGCCCAGGCGACCCUCUGGGCCCUCCAGGCCGCGAACGUUGGACAUCCCGAAUGGUCACGUCAGUUGGCGGGUCUGCAGGAGACCGCGCCGCUUCCGCAGGCGUUGCUGGACCGCGCGGAGGCCGCGUGGCAGGCCGCAAGGGGGGACGCGAACGCGAGGCGGCGCAGCGCUUGGCGUGAGUGGGUCCAGGACGCCCUUGCAAAUGGGCAGGGCCAGCAGUACCGCUGGAUCUGCGGCGGCGGCGUGCUUGAGGCCGAGAUGGUUCCUGAUCCUGCGGCCGAUGCCCCUGCCUCGCCUGAAGGCGCCGUGGGGCAGAGGUCAUGGGUGCUCGCCCUGCGAGGAGGGCCGGCUUCGCAGCUGCGGUUCUUCGAGGGGCCGUGGCGUGGGCCCUGGCAGCGGCAGGCGGCGCCGGCGUUGGUGGAGGAGUGGAUCCAGGAACUCGAUG